ACUGUGCGGGAGGGGGCUUGUUUUUAGCAGUCAGCAAGGUCGUUCUUUGUGUCAAAAAUUAAGCUUGUGACGAAUAAUCAAGUUUUUAUUAUUUACAUCUAGUGAUUGACUGUUUGUGCGUGGUAACAAAGGUCGUAGUGCGUGUAUGACGGUAAUAUAAAUUAGUUUUAAAAAAUCGUAAUUACGAACGUUCCAAUGAGUUUGGGAGGAGGUAAUAGCACAGAGGGAUCAAAUGCAGGAGGAAUUUUUGUACAAUUUAACCAGGAUUGCACCUCACUAGUAGCUGGUAGCAGUAGUGGUUACCACUUAUUUGCGCUAACGCCCGACGAUGGAGUCGAAGAGAUUUACGCCAGCCGCUCCGGCCAGGAGACGUGUCUUGUUGACCGACUGUUCAGCAGUUCGCUGGUGGCCAUCGUUACAGUUUCAGCUCCCAGGAAGCUGAUCGUGUGCCACUACAAGAAAGGGACAGAGAUAUGCAACUACAGCUACAGCAAUACAAUCUUGGCUGUAAAACUUAAUCGUUCCAGACUGAUAGUAUGCCUCGAGGAGUCCCUGCACAUCCACAACAUACGCGACAUGAAGAUAUUGCACACGAUCCGCGACACGCCGCCCAACCCGCGCGGGCUGUGCGCACUGUCGCCGUGCGUCGACCACUGCUACGUGGCCUACCCCGGCUCGAGUGCGGUCGGCGAGGUGCAGAUCUUUGACGCGGUUCAUUUGAACGCGAAGUGCGUGAUAAGCGCGCACGACAGCCCGCUAGCGGCCCUCGCGUGGUCCAUGUGCGGGCGGCGGCUGGCCACCGCAUCAGAACGCGGCACCGUCAUCCGCGUGUUCGCUGUGCCCGAACGCACGCGUCUCUACGAGUUCCGUCGAGGCGUGAAACGCUGCGUGUCCAUCGCGUGUCUAGCGUUCAGCGCUUGCGGCGCUUUCCUAGCGGCCACGUCUAACACGGAGACGGUGCACGUGUUCCGGCUGCAGGAGGGCGGCGAGCGGGCGCCCGAGGACGCCGCGGCGCCGCCCGAGCCCGGCUGGGUGGACUGGAUGUCGCAGACGCUGUCCGCCGGGCUCGUGUACCUGCCCGCGCAGGUCAGCGACGUGCUCAGUCAGGGACGGGCCUUCGCAUCGGCGAGGCUGCCGCGGGCGGGCUGUCGCGCGGUCGCCGCUGUCACUAACGUGGCCCGCGCGGCUCGGUUGCUAGUAGCAACGUCAGAGGGUGUACUAUACGUGUACUCACUGGACGCGACGGACGGGGGUGAAUGCGCUCUGCUGCGUACACACCCGCUGCUCGAUACAGCACCGCCGGCUACUGAUGUCGCGGCCGGCUGCAGUUACGCGGGCGCGCUCCGCGGCCGACACCCGGACCACAUGACAGAAUCUGAACGCGAGCACGAGCUCGGCACCGCGCUGGCGGGCUCGCCCCCGCGCGGCGCGUACGACAUCCGCGACCCGCGACACUUCCCGCCCAUGCGUGCGCCUGAUACUACCGCCGAAUAGACAAAUUAAUAAAUAACACUGACGAUUCUAUAUGUAUUGUUUAGGAAUCGGUUUGAUAUGUUCUGGGGUGUGUUCUGUUUGGUUGGUCUAAUAAUUCCUUCAAACGCUACUACUUAGGGGCACUAAUGACACUAUUUAGGGGCUGCCCUUUUUUUAUCAUCUUUUUGUGUUCAUAUUUGAGUUAGGACAACCGCGACAUUGUCGGAAAUAUAAGUCAAUCAGGCAGCUUGCUGAUACUAUAUCUGAGAUGCUAUCAGACAUUGAUGAAACUAGCCUUAACGAUGUUUUUAAUGUUCUAAAUAUUCUAAUGUGUAUGAUGAGGUUUAAGAACUUUAUGAAUUGUGGUUGUGCAAAAGUUUAAACAAGUUUCCCUAAUUGCCUAUUGAGUUUUAGAUGCGUCAUUUUCCAUUUUAACGGAUAGAUAAGCUAAACAGAACAUAUCCAGAACAUGUGAGACUACAUAUAAGAUCUUUAUAAUAUUCUUACAGUAUAAAUAUUAAAGAUUGUACAAGGUGCGGUGGGGUAAUAAGUCAGUGGAAUAAAUUUUAAAAUUGAUAUGUAGAUGGUUGUUGUAAUAACUAGAUAUCUACUAUAUUUCUUCGUGUUUAGAUAAGAUUCUUAUAAUCAAUGGAUGUGAAUUGUAAUGGGAAAAUUAUAUUAAGAAAUUGCUCUACGAACUUACCCUACUGCACUAUAAUAGAGUAAUGAAGUUUUAUGUCAAUGUUACUGUAAUAAAAAAUUAUAGGUAAAGAUAAUUUUAAUCAUUUGAAAUCAUUGUUAAAUUUGAACGCUGUUUCUUAGGUAACAUUAUUGGGGGUCAAAUUAGUGGCAAAAUUAUGGGCGGGUAAUUUACUACUGUUACUUUUUAAAAUUAUAUUUUUUGAGUGGAUAACCAUAUCAGACAUAAAUAAAUAAAUAAAUCCACUUCCCUUGUGUAAUAUUGUAGCUUCUUUACCUCAAUGUCAUUAAAAAAAUAUAUCUAAAUUUUAAAUAAUAUACUUCAUUACUCUAUUAUAAAUUCAAAUGUUAUAUAAACUUUAUUAUCAAUGUCUAAAUGUAUAUUUACGCAUACAUGCACACUAUACGGCACGAUUAUUUUGUUUAAAUUAGGAUUAGCAUUUUUUAUUACAAAAUUAUGGGUCCUUUUUCAAUACAAGAUUUUUUUUGCAAUCAUUUCGUUUGUUGCAAGUAUUGUAUUAAUUUAAUCAAAUUCCUUCCUAAACCUGGGAACAAUUGCUUACUAAAUUUUUGAAUAUUACUGUCAUAUACAUAAUAAUUCUGCCUUAUAGUUGUGCGAUAACUACUAAAUGUAUCAUUUCUAUGUAAAUUCCAAUUUAGAACAUAAUCAUAGUACAUAUUUACAGACAAAUAAUAUCUUUAUUUUAUCUAAAUCAAAUUAUAUUUUCGUCAGUGAGAAGUGUAUUAAUGACGUGUUGUAUUCUGUGACUCUGUCUCUGCUGACUGUUCAUCAUUCGGUAUUAGAGCCUUAUCAUUAUGUGAUAUUAUUACUUAUUGAUUUUUAUAAGAUUUCUCCAUCGUAUCACAUUGUUAGAUAAGUGUUGGAGUCCCCCAAAAGUUGAUGCAUACAUUUUCCACUUUUUAUCAUAAUAUGUACUUUUAUUUUAGUGUUAGCUCAAUAACUAGUGGAAAAUGUUUAUUUGUAUUUUGUAUUGAAUUUCGUAUAAUAAUGAUUAUUUUGUAUGUAGUGUAAAGUUAAUUAAAUUUUUGUUAUUAAUUGCAAUGAUGAACAGUGGCGACCUCGUAAUUUUAAUUCAAUUGACAUUUAUCUUGACUUGCAUUACAAGAAAAAUAACAAAAAAAUAUCAUCUUAUAUUUUAGAAAGGUUUACUAUAACCCUUAUGUAUUAUAUUUAUAAAACUAUGUAUUUUCGCUCCGAAUAUACGUAUGUAUGUCAAAAUGUACAUAGGAGUAAGUAAUUUUUAAAUUUUUAGAUGUAUUCUGACGAUCUGAGCUCAUUGAACAUUUUAAUAUCGAGCGAAGUACGGGUUCAGCCCUUGUAUAUAGAAAUUGUAAUUAUAUGAGCCGUGUAAUAUAUUUUUUAUCUUUAGACUAUGCAAUGUGAUAACGGUAAUACUUUGUAUGGCUAUUUGUGUGAUUAUAGAGUUAGGGAUGAUUGACAAAGUUCGGCACGUCGCGUCCGCAAAAAAAUUAAAAAAAUUGUAAAUAAAAAGGCGGACGCGCUCUAAAUUAUAGUUGUAAUGCACUGUGCAUGAGGCUUUACGGAAAUUAUAUAUCGUACAAUCUGUUUACUUCUAGACAUUAUUAUGAAUGUUAAAAUAUAUGAAAAUGAUAAAAAUAAUGAAGUACAGGUAAAGCCGUUUGGGCAGUAGGUAUAAGGGUUCGUUCGUUGUAACCGACUCAAUGAAUGGACGAAUUGUGGCAUGGGACAUACAUACUUUAAUAUUAAAGAUAUUAUCUAAGUGUAAAAAAGAUAUAAAAAUGUAAUCAAUUUACUAUUUGUCGGGUAAAAAUUAGAGUGUGCGCACAAGCGUAUCCACGUGCAAUUUUAAAAUAUUUUGUGUAUUAGAAAAGAUUUUAAAUAAAUAAUUGCGCUCUCUGCUGUUUGUUCCGUGUUCGCUUCGACAGCACUGUCUGUACAUGUCCCGUUCGCUGCUUAGAUACAAAAUUGUACAUAUUAAAUAAAUAUUUUUACAAAACACCAA